UAAUACUCGAAAAGAUCUUUAUUAGAAAGAAGUUUCGAAGUUCACUGUAGUCAGUGUGAUGUCAAGAAAACAGUGCGUAUGAUGUUCCAAAACCGUCGAUUUACCCCGCCUUUGAAGGACGCAAAGAAAAGUACAAAAACCCCCUUAAGGCUUCUAUCUGUUGAAUGACGCGUUUCUAUGGCGGCUAAUUGCUCUCCUUCCACCAUUAAUUCCACAAAGCACUGAGAAAGGACCUUACUGGAUGAUUCCGUUUCUUCCCAUUCACUGAUAAUAAUCCAUCUGCUGCUCGAAGCUUGAACAGCACGGCUGCACCGACUAACAGUACAGGCCCCCAUGCUCUCCAUCCUCUUCUUCUCCUCCUUCUUCCUCACUCUCUCCCUCCUCUCUCUCCUCUUCCUCUCCUUCUCUCUCUACACCAACAAGCUCCGCAGCCCCCGCCCCAAGUCCAGUCCCGACACAGCAGCACGCAAAGACGACAGCAUCAGCCCAGCAGCUCCAGAACUGUCAUUAGCGGAGUCUGAGGGCCUGUCCGGCCAGCUGGACCGGGAUUCGGACCUGGCAGAGCAUCGGUCGAUACUGGCCAGCAUAUAAAGCCUCUGGAAGUUGUGGUUGGUGUGAUUAUGCAGGAACAUAUAGUGAGAAAAAGUGCUUAAGCAAUUGUGGGGAAGCUUCACAGAGAUCGUAUUAUGUUCCUCGUUCGUGGCUCAACGCAACAGGCAACUUGCUGGUUGUUUUCGAGGAGUGAGGUGGGGACCCGAGCGGGAUUUCCCCUGUGAGGAGAGACAUAGACAGUGUUUGUGCAGACAUUUAUGAGUGGGAGCCCACUCUGAUAAACUAUGAGAUGCAGGCCUCAGGUCCAUGUGGAACCUGAACUUACCUUGAAGUUGGACAAUUCUAAGAUAUUGCAACGGAACCAACCCUCACCAUCGAAAAGGGCAAGUUCAGUACUGCAUCCAGCCUGCUUGUGCUGGUACUAAUGUCUUUCCACGCCCAAAAUUCCUGCAUAUUCAGUCGUCUCGACGUUUAUCUAUAGAAACUAUAACCUUCAAUGGUUGGAGGCUUGUCGACAUUGUCGCUCAGGUGAGGAAAGGUCUACCCAGUCAGUGAUGGAUGGGAAUGGAACAGGGAUGAGAGGGGACUAAUAGCAGUGGAGUCGUUUUUCAUCGUUUUAUUCAUCCAUUUCUCUGGGGAAUGCAGCUCCGUAAUAACUUGGAACUUUUUAGUCAAUCAGUUUUGAGAUCAUGGAGAUUGGAAUAACCCUUUUUUGAAGAUAUUUCUGUCCUUGGGUUUAAGAGAAGUUACCAAAGCUUUUCCCGCAUUGCAGCUCUGCUACUGCCGGUCUUCAUUCAUCAGCAGUAGACCAGUGAAGUUGCCUGAGGGUCAGUAGCUGGCAUGGGUAAGCCAAGGGACAAGUUUUGGGAUCACGCUGAAGUCAUGCCGAAUGAAGGUGAAGCCAAGGAUCGUUGGAAGUGCAAGUUCUGCCACAAACUAUUUUCCGGGGGAGUUUCCAGGAUAAAGGCGCAUUUGGGUACGGUUGAAGGCAAAGGAAUUAAAGUUUGUGAAAGUGAAGUUGAUGAAGCUACGAUGAAAGAAGCUAACGAGGCUCUUGAGAAGGGUACAAAGAGAAGAAAGGUGGACGCUGGAACCAAUUCAGCUCAAGUCAACCCACAACAGGUGGUGGCAGAUUUGCGGAUUACUCUGCCAUCUACUGGCCAGACCAACCCCAACACACCAGCACUACUGCAACAGAGUCCUGACCCAAUCCACCGGAUGGGCUUACCUCUGCUAUUUCCGUCGAGGGACAAUCUACACGACAUCUCUAAUUCGCACAGCAUUUUCGGGGGUUCUAGUGCAAACUUAUUACGAGAAGACUGCAGCGGAGCAGAGAUGGAAGGUUCAUCAAAUGCUUAUGUGUACAACAAUGAAAGAAGUAGAAUACCAUGUUCAAGCUUUGUCACAGAAGCAGCUGACCGAUCGGGCUGGCCUGAACACAGCACUCCCCAAGUAGAAGACCUGCCACCUUUGCAAGAGGAUCAGUGUAGUUCGUAUGUACAUGAGCUGCAGGUUGAAAAUGCAAAUGCACUAUCACUCGAGAUCCAAUCUGUGCAACCAGAUGGUCCUGAUCUGCUACCUGAGAAUGUUCAGCCAUCUCUUCCUGAAAGCACACGCAAUGUAUCACCGAGGAUGAUAUUAGAGGUUAAUUCCUGUGGAGACAACUCAGUGCAAGAUGAGCUUGAUCUGGUAGCUGAAGACCGCGAAGCUAAUAGCAUUAUGCUCGAGCAAACCAAUCAUUUUGAUCCAAUUCGGAUUGAUCCAUAUCCCAACAAUGAAGACAAUGGGGACAGUGCUUCAGUUCUACCUUCUUCUGCGCCAAACUCGUUUGCAAGGGAAACUAUACAGCAUGAGAUGUUGGCGCCCAAAUUAGUGGGUCGAGAAUGGAUUGUGGAUGAGCUCUGGGAUUACUUAAUGACAAAUGAUAUAUUAUGCAUCGGAGUCUAUGGGAUGGGGGGAGUGGGGAAAACCACAACCAUGAAGCACCUCUAUAAUAAAGUGCAUGGCAGUGCUGCCUUUGAGAAUGUAUUCUGGGUCACGGUGUCAAAAGACUGCAGUAUCCAUGAGCUUCAAAAUAAGAUUGCCAGAGCCCUCAAGGUUCCUGACCUUUUCAAGGAUGUUGACGAAGGGAUGAGGCCAACAUUGUUGUUCAACCAUUUGAGCAAGAAAAAGAAGUGUCUAGUUAUUUUAGAUGAUAUGUGGCGGCAUUUUGAGCUUGCAGACGUUGGAAUUCCAGUCAAAGGAGAUGGUGUUCGGCUGGUCCUAACAACACGAUAUCGUGAUGUUUGCGAAAAGAUGUUGUGUCAAGCGAAAAUUGGAGUUCGACCUCUAUCUAAUGAAGCAGCAUGGGCAUUGUUUGUACAUACACUUGGUUCUGACCUACCUCCUAGUCGGAAGCUUGUUGCUGAGGAUAUUGUUAAGGAGUGCAAAGGCUUGCCGUUAGCUAUUGUUGUUAUGGCAGGAAGCAUGAGGGGAGAGGUCGAGGGUCAUGUAUGGGAAGCCACGCUGGAAAAUUUAAAAAAACCAGGAGUUCUGCAACAGAGCAUGAAAGAGAGUGUUUUCCCGAUUCUGGUGCACAGUUACAACCGCUUGGAUAAGAUAAAACAACUAUGUUUCUUAACGUGUGCUCUAUAUCCUGAAGAUAGUUUAAUCGAUAGAGAAGAACUAAUAGAACUUUGUAUUUAUGAGGGGGUGAUUCGUGAAGAUAGGAGGCGGAAGAUGCAUAACGAAGGGCACAGAUUAUUAGAUGAACUUGGAAAGGCAUGCCUCUUGGAGGCAUAUAGUGGUGCAGGUGGAAGAAGGGUUAAGAUGCAUGAUGUGAUUCGGGAUAUGGCACUGCACAUCAUGAAUGCGAACAGCGCCCCAUGCAUGGUGAAAUCUGGCUUGGGUUUGGAAGAUCUGCCGGACGAUGAAGAAUGGCUGCCUAAUCUUCAGAAGGUGUCCUUGAUGAGUUAUGGCAUUGAAGCAGUUCCACCCUCCAUAUCACCAAACUGUCCUCAACUUGCAACUCUGCUGUUAAGCCACUGUUUGAGUUUGCAUAAAAUCUCAAAACGUUUCUUUCGGCGGAUGCAGGGGUUGAAGGUUAUUGAUUUGAGAAGUACUAGCAUCACAAAAGUGCCAAAAUCUGUCAUGAGCUUGAAAAAGUUGAACGCACUAGUACUCAACAGGUGCUUUGAAUUAUCUUGUAUUCCAUCAUUGGCGAAGUUGACAUCGUUAAGGAAGUUGGACCUCAUGAAGUGUAGAAAGAAAAAAGAAGUACCAGAUGAUUUGGGGAUGUUGGUUAAUCUUACAUAUCUCUGCUUAAGAGAGACGAGCAUUGAAAGGAUUCCAGAUGGAGUAGUCUGUAAGUUAAAGAAGCUACAACACCUUGAAGCGGAUUAUAUUGCAGUGAAGGGAGAAGAAGUUGGAAAAUUGAUGAAGUUGGAGGCACUCUGAUGUCGUUUUGAAAAUGUGAAUGAACUGAAUGAGUACACACUACGUGCGACAACUAUAGAGUCAUACAGUCACGUCUACCCUUGAACCCAAUUUGUUUGUUUAUUCGCGAGACGGAAAAAUUCCUUUUCGAGAAUGCCGGUCGUAAUCGACAGCAAGAUUAGGGAGGGAGGGACGGACCCAAAUUGUGCUCAGAGGAAGUAAUGAUACACGUCAAGGGAGGUGGAUCCAUUCAAGGGGUAACAAUGAGUAGCAACGGAUUGCACCAUCAGAUUCCCUAUCAAGGAAAUUAAAGUCCUCUAGUGUUCUAACCCCUUCAUCAUCCAUCGUUUCUGUAAUUCUCCUGUCAUUCCCACACCUUGAUGUGAUGAUUUUUUUGUUGGGGAAUAAUCAAUGGCUCAUCAGCCAUCUGAUGCUUUGUUCUAUAUCCUAAGCACGAGCAGAAAUGCCAAUAUGCAUGCCGAUGCAUGUAUAUACGUUUAUGAUCAAUAGAGCACUGAACCACAUUUUACGCAAUUCUCAUGCUUAUAUUUGGCCUGGAACCUUAUGCAUCACAACCCCCGAAGUCAUUCACUUGUGGAGAAUUUGAGCACUGUCAUGGUUUAUGCCGAUCUAAGCUAAUUCAUCAUGUUUGUUUGCAACGCCUCUCUAAUCAAAAUCUGAAAUUUUGAAACCUGAUUCUUCAGCUUGCUGCUGCUGUGGGAGAUUGCAGGAUUGUGGAUAGCUUAAAAGACGGGGAAGUCAGAGUAUUCUCCAUCCUCUUCUUCUCCACCUUCUUCCUCACUCUCUCCCUCCUCUCUCUUCUCUUCUCUCCUUCUUUCUCUACACCAACAAGCUCCGCAGCCCCUGCCCCGAGUCCAAUCCCGACACAGCAGCAGGCAAAGACGAUAGCAUCAGCCCACCAGCUCCAGAACUGUCAUUAGUGGAAUCCGAGGGCCUGUCCAGCCAGCCGGACCGGGACUGGGACCCGGAUCAGGGCCAGGGCCCCAAAAGGAAGAAGAAGAGGGCGAGGAAGAAGAGCAAGAGGUCGGACUUGGAUAAGGAAGAAGAGCAGAGUAUUGGUGGGGACGAUGAGAAGAAGGUGGGGGGAUCCGGAUUGAGUGCUGAUUUGGGUUCCCGGGACAAGCCCGAGCUGAUUUGCCUGUACCCUUUUACCUCCUCGGGCAGUGCCACUCAGAGGAGGAUCAAACAGCAGGACGAUGAGCUGAUUUGGGUUCCGGGUUGAAUGUUUUUCCUCUCUCUUUUCUUUUGAUUCAUGCGUCAAAUUGGGUCGUAGAUUAGUUCUGAGCGAUGGGUGUAACUGGUUCAAGUCAUGGCGUGCUCCAUUUGAACCGUCCUAUGAACUAUAUAAAUAGGACGAUCUAAGUGGAACAUCGUUGUGACCUAAAUGCGUGAGGACUGGAAUAUGGGUUGAUCAGUGUCCCUUCGAAAUUACUAUUACUGCUAAACCUUCAAAAUCAUGAUGUCGAUUCCUCAGUUGAUCUGCUCAUGAGUAACACAAGGACCAUCCAUUUCAUUUGUUUUUUUUCCUUCCUAUUUCAUAUAGCUUGCCGCACAUUAUAUGUUCUUCAUCCACUAUCUAUAUUUUUAUACGAUAUGAUUAUGUGAUGGCUCACUGGCCAUCUUUUUCUCCUAA